AUGGAAUUCCGAACUUACCCAAGACGAUGGGUCAUAUUAUUGGUUUGCUGUUUAUUGGCAUUAUCCAAUGCCUUUCAAUGGAUCAGUUACUCAACUGUACCUCAACAAAUCAACAAGUUCUACUGCAAUGGAAUGAUUGAUUGUCUGGCUACUUUCUGGUCAAAUCAAAUAUUCCAGGUGGUUGCUAUUCUUACUGGCAUAUUUGGGAUGUAUGUGUGUGAUGUAUAUGGUAUAAAGAUUGCGUUGUUCUGCGGCUGUGCUGUGAACUUCCUAGGAUCUCUUUUACGCUUGAUAUCUUCAUCACCUGAAAUUCCUAACAGUUUCUUGAGACAAUUCUGGUUAUACUCAGGAUGCUUUUUAUCUUCAUUGGCUCAAGUUGUGUUUCUUGUACUUCCUGCGAAGAUAGCUGAGUGCUGGUUUGCAGAUAAUGAAAGAGCACUAGCCAAUGUAUUCACUUUCAUUGCUAAUCCUUUGGGAACUAUAUUAGCCAGCUUGACUCCUAUGUUGUUCUUCGACUUCUCCGAGGAAGCAACUGACACGUUUAGUACCAACUCCCUCGAAAUAUUCAACUUUAAUAUGUUCAUAUCGUUUUGGGCAGGAAUAACGUUUUUUGCUUGGUUUUGCAUCAAAAGUAGCUUGCCACCAUCUCCUCCAAGUAUGGCCGCUCAUAUAAGAGUAUCAUCUAUCUCAUUUAAGGAUUCAAUCAUAUUCUGCUUGAAAGAUUCCCAAUUUCAUGUGUUGAUGUUUCUAUUUGCAAUGCUGUUCACACUGUAUUGGACGUUCAUAGUACUGCUGCCUGAUAUCAUGUCAUUGAAAGGUUAUAACUCAGCUGGUAUUAACAUGGCCAUCUCAGCUACCAUCGGAAUGAUUGCUUCCAUUUUUGCUGGAAAAUUAGCAGACACAACCAAAAUGUUCAAAGAACUUACUCAAGGAAUGGCUAUAUUGUUUUUCCUGACGGCACUGGGAACUCGCCUAUUCCUUCUAAAAACUCGUGAAAGCAUGUUGGACGAUAUAGUUCUAAUAGUACUCACAUCACUACUAGGAGCUCUAUCAAUUCCCAUGUUCCCUAUUGGCUCGGAACUAGGCGUUGAAAUGACUUAUCCUGUUUAUGAAGCAACAUCUAGCGGACUGCUAGUUCUGAAUGGACAAUGCUUAAUGCUCAUAUUUUACGGCCUAACGGAAGUGAUCAAACGCAUUGAUAUCUUUUAUCAUUACGAAUCCAAUCGCCUUUCAGGCAACUGGCAAUUGGUGCUUGACGCUUGGCUUUUAUUGGCAGGAGUAACUGCUAUUAUUUCUUGGACAGUUUUAAAACCAAAGUAUCGUCGGAUGGAAGCAGAAAAAAGCAACAAGCAGAAGUUUUUAUUAGAAGAGAAGGAACAAAUGGGCUUUAUUUGA